GUUAGUCAGUCAGUCAGCAGCCAGACAGGAUGGAGUUCACACCACUCUGCUUUAUGCUCUGUGUCUGCUGUUCCAUCCUCUCACGUCUCUGCUGCUUCUCUCUAUCUCCUGCAGUCUCUCUGAGCGUCAGUCCCAGCAGAUCUCAGUUCUUCAAUUAUAACAGUUUCUCCCUGAGCUGUGAGGAGCAGGGGAGCUCUGCUGGAGGGAGGGUGAGGAGGACCACCACAAAAGGAAUGUCUUCAGAGUGUGGAGGAGCAGGCUGGGGGACUUUAGUGGGUUUCUCCUGCUACGUGAAAGACCUGUCCCCAGGGGACACUGGAGUGUACUGGUGUGAGUCUGGCUCAGGAGAACACAGCCAUGCUGUCAACAUCACAGUGCAUGCUGGAGCUGUGAUCCUGGACAGUCCUGUCCUCCCUGUGAACGAGGGACAAGCUGUGACUCUACACUGUAGAUACCAGACACCUCCCUCUGACCGCACAGCUGCCUUCUACAAGGAUGGAUCUCUGGUCAGGACUGAGGCUGUGGGAGAGAUGACCAUCCCUGCUGUGACUACGUCUGAUGCAGGGUUGUACAAGUGCAGCAAUUCUGAGCGGGGAGGAUCUCCAGAGAGCUGGCUGGCUGUGAGAGGAAGAGACGUAAAGAGAGACCCCCUCGAGCAGCAAAGCCUGUCUACUCAGCAGUGAAGACAGAAACAGGUUCAGCAGGAGCCAGUGUGACCUACUGUGUGUGUUCCAGAGAAGCCCCUCCCCCCAGAACCUGAUGUCAUCUACUCCUCAGUGAGACCAGGCUGAGCUGCAGCCCCGGAGGUGCUGAACCGAGUGGUGUCGGAAGCCUUCCUCUCCUUCUUUGUGAAGACCGUGGGCCACUUCUCAUCCCACAUGAAGCGCAGCGCCAACGGCCAGUCCAGAGUGUUCCAGAAGAAGUCUUUCUACAACGCCACCGAGUCAAAGACCUACCGUCAGUUUGUCAAGGACUUCUGCAGAACCCAGAUGUUUGACAUUUUCAUCCAGGAGGAAGAGGGGCAGCCCUCGACACAUGAAGGUUUCUUCCAGCAGAAAGUAGCAAAGUAUCAAGAGAGGAA